UAAUUGUCAAAGUGUGGCUGACUGACUGACGCUGACGAGUUGACGACUGUGAAAUGGAAAAAAUGAACGUAAAAAUUGUGCUUAAUUUUGCGAAGUGACAAAUCAAAACCUCGAUCAAACAAAAUCUAUAGUGACUAAUUAAUUGAUAAUUGCAUUUUACUUUCCCUACGUAUGUAUUCCAAAUGAUUAAUGAAUUGUGGAACAAAAAUGUGAAAUAUCUUUGUCUUUGCACAAAUGUUAAUUUGAUUAUUAAAUAUACGUGCUAUUUAAUUAUUUUCUAAUGUCUAGAUAAACAGUUAUUACAAUGUGAACGGCAAAAUAAACAGAUGUUUUAGAGAACUAUGAUGAACGGAUCAAGGGGCCCAGUUACGAGCUCUGCCGUAACUAGCAGUGGCGUCAGGCGCGGAGGGACAAGCAUGAAGGUCGAGAGUCUCAGUACCGCUGCCACAUCGAGAGAUACCACUCGUGACAGUGCAGAAGAUCUCCUAGAUCUCAAAGGAAAAGUAGAAUCGAGAUUGUUGUCUAUGUGGAAUAAUGUGAAAUUUGGAUGGACAGUGAAAUUGAAAACAAACUUCUCUAAAGAGUCACCUGUGUGGCUUUUAGGUCGUUGUUAUCAUCGAAAGUUGAGCCCAACUGGUUCUUUGGAAUCAUCCACAGAAAUAGGCACAGAGGCUACAGCCCAGGAUCCUAUGGAGCAAAUUUAUGGAGAAGGUAUAGAAGGCUUUAAAUCUGAUUUCAUUAGCAAAAUUUGGAUGACAUAUCGCAGAGAGUUUCCUAUGAUGUCUGGAUCAACAUUCACAACAGACUGUGGUUGGGGCUGCAUGCUGCGCAGUGGUCAGAUGAUGUUAGCGCAAGCCUUAGUAUGUCACUUCUUAGGUCGGACGUGGCGAUGGACCCCAGAAAAGCCCAUUCAGAAUGCUAGAGAAUUUCAGGAAGACUGUCUCCAUCGCAUGAUUAUAAAAUGGUUUGGUGAUAAAUCAUCUGUAAACAGUCCCCUCUCCAUACACCAGAUGGUCAAUUUGGGGGAAACCCUUGGAAAAAAACCUGGAGAUUGGUAUGGGCCAGCUUCAGUGGCACAUUGUUUGAAGGCUAUAAUGACUUCAGCUUCUAAAGAAAAUUAUGAAUUUGAUAAAUUAGAAGUUUAUGUUGCUCAAGAAUCCACUAUAUAUAUUCAAGAUGUUUAUUCUCAUUGUAGGUUACCUAAUGGUUCAUGGAAAUCUCUCAUUCUACUUGUACCUGUCAAAUUGGGAACUGAUAAGCUUAAUCCCAUUUAUGGGCCAUGUCUCACCUCUCUCUUGACUUUGGAUUUCUGCAUAGGAAUCAUAGGAGGAAGGCCCAAACACUCUCUAUAUUUUGUUGGAUAUCAAGAUGAUAGACUUAUUCAUUUAGAUCCACACUACUGCCAAGAAAUGGUUGAUGUUUGGCAACCAAAUUUUUCUUUACAGACCUUUCACUGCCGUUCUCCAAGAAAAAUGCCUAUAACAAAAAUGGAUCCAUCCUGUUGCAUUGGUUUCUACCUUGCGACACAUACUGAUUUCGAAACAUUUGUCAAUGUCAUCAGCUCAUUCCUUGUGCCACAAGGAGUGUCAUCAGCUAAUGAGUAUCCUAUAUUCACACUACACAAUGGAUCUCGUAGUUCAGUUAUGGACCCGCCUAACAUUAGAUAUUCAAUAUAUGAGUCUGACCAUCAUUGGAUAACACCGAAUGUUCAAGACAGUGAUACUGACAUGGAGUCAGAAGAAUUUGUUUUAAUAUGAACUACUUAUCAUAACUUAAAUAUUUUUUAAGGUAAACAUAAUGCAUCUAAUGUAGGAACCUGAAGAGGGAUGAUAUUAGAAUUAUAUUGUUGUUUAAAAGGUUCUGUAAUUCUUAUAUAAAACGAUCUAGGUAAACCAAAUAAUUUUAGUUUAUUUUAGCAUUGCCUGUAAAUAAAAUAAGACUGCCUUUGUAAAAAUGGCUUUAUUUAUUCUUAUUGAUAACACGGAAUUAAAAAAACAUGGAACUUGUUUUUGUCAUUUUUAGUUCUGUACUAAAACUAUGUACAUGGGGGUGUCAUAAGUGAACACACAUAUAGUGUGAAAAUAAAGCACACUAACAAACUCCUUACAUAAUUGAUUUAUGAUGUUAACUGAUAACAAUAAAUGUCUUCAGUGUUUGGAAAAACUUAAUUUUGAGUUUUUUUUUUAUUCUUAACAAGUACUUAUUUUUUAUUGACAGAUUUAAGCAAAAUAAUUCUUGUUGUUGCACAUCUUUUGUUUUGUAGAAAAUCAAAUUUAGAGUGCUUUUCCACCGGAGGUGUGCUACGCUAUAUUGUUAUGGAUGAUAUCCACUAAUCAUAUUCAUUGGUGCACAUAGCUUAGCACUGGUGGAAACAGAUUCAACUAAGACAUGUUUUUAUAUAUAAGGAAUCUUGCUAUGGGUGCCUGCUAUCGGUACAUCGCAUACUCUUAGCUCGAGCUGCACAUCUUUAGUAUUGGUGGAAACAGUAACAUAUUUUCGUAGCGAAGAUUUCACAUCUUCGCAGCAUAGCUGCAUAGCACACCUCUGAUGGAAAAACGCCCUUAUAGUAAAAGAAAAUAUACUUUAAUAGAGGUUUUAUAGGUCAUAUAGAGUAAAGUUUAGUUAUUACAUAACUAGUAAUUAAAGUUUACUCUACCUAUACCUUGUUAUAAAGUCUAUUUUCGAAAAAUACAAACACAUCAGCUUACAUCUUCAAUGUUUUCUAUUUUCUGUCAGAGACAAGAAUGGUUAUAAUAAAUAUUUAGGCAAUACCAGAACCAUGUUUAUACAUAUCUUACAAAAAGUUUCCUUUCUGUAAAUCUAAAAAUAUUUACGAACCAUUAAUUUUUUACAGCCCCACUUUUGCUAAUACAACUACAUACUAAUAAUAUUAUACACAUAGUAUAAUAAAGCACAUCUUAUUUAAAAUAGGUGUGAAAAAUAGGUGCUCAGAUUUAAUUUUAACAAUAAUGUUACCAUUUUGACUACAAGCAUUUAAAAAUACAUAAGAAGAUUACUUUAUUUUUAUUUUGCUUAUUCUCUUUAAUUUACAUUUUAGUUUUUAGGUAGUAUAAUAACUCCUUUACUUUGUAAAUGUUGCAUUGACAAUGCAAUAAAGGGAUUUAUGAGAUUAGAUUACACUGUCAUACAUUCAAAAUGUAAAAUAAAUUAAUACCACUUUGAUGUAGAACUAUUAUUAACUGCUUUCCAUACAUUCUUAGCAUUUUAAUCUCAUACCUUAUUUACAAAUCACUUAAUAAUGAGUAUGAUAUAAAAUGAUUCAUCCCAAGGUGAGUCACACUAUACAUACAACACACUAGUUAAAUUUUCAGAUUGUACAAAAAAAAAUACACUAGAACUUGCUUCUGUCAUUUUUAGUUUUGAAAAUGCUGUACCCGUGGGUGACAAACACAUGUAUAGUGUAAUAAUAUAAUAUUAAUUAUUAAAAUAAUUAACCAAUGAAGGGUUGAGAUUAAGUAAUUAAAUUAAAAAACCAAAUUCAUCAUUUAAAACAUACAAUACAAAAGUGCAAUGUGUCAAUAUGAAUAUUUCUAUCAUUUGUUUCUUAUCCCAAAUAAAUAACAUAUGAAGGUAAUGGUAAAAUAAUCACAAAUAUCAUCUAAUAACUUAGGUUCAGGUUGUAAACUUUAUGUUGUAGACUUGACUUGUAAUGUAAAUUUUUUGAACUGUACAAAACCACCAAUUCAAAAUUAGAUUUAUUUAAUCAGUUAAUGAAACAUUACAAAGAAAGUUAAUCUUAUUAGGAUCUAGCUGAUCAAAUGAAAAAUUAUUAUGGCAAAUUGGGUUUGCAAAAGAUUGCAAAACUUUGCCAACACCAGGAUUUUAUUUAAAUUUAUCAGGCAUAGU